UAAGGUAUUGAUUGUUGAAGUCUGGUUUUGACGGUUGCUGAUCCGAAGAUCUAGCUGUUCGGUAAUUUGUCACUGUUUCUGCAGUUUAUAUAUCUUGCAAUGGCAGAUGGUCAUGAAACUGAUAAGAACAUUGAGAUAUGGAAAAUCAAAAAGCUGAUCAAGGCACUGGAAGCUGCUAGAGGCAAUGGCACCAGCAUGAUCUCUCUUAUUAUGCCUCCACGCGAUCAGAUAUCUCGGGUUGCAAAGAUGCUGGGGGAUGAGUACGGAACUGCUUCAAAUAUCAAAAGUAGGGUGAAUCGUCAGUCCGUCCUUGGAGCAAUUACAUCUGCUCAGCAGAGGCUUAAGCUUUACAAUAAGGUUCCGCCGAAAGGACUAGUGCUUUAUACAGGAACAAUUGUAACUGAAGAUGGGAAAGAAAAAAAGGUUACUUUUGACUUUGAGCCCUUCAGGCCCAUAAAUGCCUCUCUUUAUCUCUGUGACAACAAAUUCCAUACAGAAGCUCUGAAUGAACUUCUAGAAUCUGAUGACAAGUUUGGUUUUAUUGUUAUGGAUGGGAAUGGGACCCUCUUUGGGACGUUAAGUGGAAACACCCGAGAGGUGCUUCACAAAUUUACUGUUGAUCUUCCAAAGAAACAUGGAAGAGGAGGGCAAUCAGCUCUGCGAUUCGCUCGUCUUCGAAUGGAGAAGCGCCACAACUAUGUGAGGAAGACAGCUGAGCUUGCCACACAGUUUUUUAUCAAUCCUGCCACCAGCCAGCCUAAUGUUUCAGGAUUAAUUCUUGCUGGGUCAGCUGAUUUCAAGACAGAGCUGAGUCAGUCUGAUAUGUUUGACCCUCGUCUUCAGGCAAAAAUACUAAAUGUAGUAGAUGUUUCUUACGGAGGGGAAAAUGGUUUUAACCAGGCAAUUGAGCUGUCCUCCGAGAUACUAUCCAAUGUGAAGUUUAUACAGGAGAAGCGCUUGAUAGGGAAGUACUUUGAGGAAAUCAGCCAAGAUACUGGCAAAUAUGUUUUUGGUGUGGAUGACACGCUGAAAGCUUUGGAAAUGGGUGCUGUUGAGACCCUUAUUGUCUGGGAAAAUCUAGACAUUAAUAGGUAUCUGCUGAAAAAUAGCUCUACUGGUGAAAUUGUCGUCAAACACUUUAACAAGGAGCAAGAGGGCAAACAGAGUAACUUCCGGGAUCCAGCCACAUCUGCCGAAUUGGAGGUUCAAGAGAAAACAUCACUGCUCGAGUGGUUUGCUAAUGAGUACAAACGAUUUGGUUGCACACUUGAGUUCGUUACCAACAAAUCACAGGAAGGAUCUCAGUUCUGCAGAGGUUUUGGUGGAAUUGGUGGAAUCCUCCGAUACCAGCUUGACAUGCGAUCAUUUGAUGAGCUUUCUGAUGAUGGAGAAACUUAUGAAGAUUCUGACUAGCAAUCA